AAAAGAAAUGCUAUUGCUUUAAUGAAUGUCAGAGUAUGUGAAUAAUAAUAAUAAUAAUAAUGAAGAAAAAGUGGUGAAAUCUCAUCGAUUUUCUCUUUUUUUGAGUAAAAAAGGUCUGUCUGAAGCCAAAGUAGAAAGUGCAGGAUGAGAUGGCGUAUAAUGUUAAAAUUCCACCUUGGCGCAGCCUAAUCGAGGAUGAAAGCACAGACGAUACAGUGCCCAAAAAGCUUAUUCUGUAUUUUAAAAAUACGAGACAUCAUACCAUUAAUCUUAAAACGACUUGGUAGCAACAUUCAGCUUUCAACAUGCAUUGCUAAAAUUAUUCUGCAAGCAAUAAUUCAGUUUUACACCGAGAAAAACAGACGGUGGUAUUAUUAUGGGUUAAAAAAAUUCAUGAAAUUCAUGAAACAAAGUUGCGAGCGAAAUUUCAGAUUUACAGAUCAGAGUUGGCUUGGUUUGGUUAGCAAAGUAUUUUUUAUUUUUUGUUUGUUGAAAUGUUCAUUGCAAGUUUGCAAAAAACACAAAUAAAAUUUGUUCUUCAGAUUUUCUGAUGGGAAUGUAAAUGCUGCAAUCUGAAUCUUUUAAAGAGGAAUGUAACUUCAAUGUUGUCAUCGUAACUGUAAAAAAAAAAAAAAAUCCCAUGUUGGGUAAUAACUUCAUCAUAAUAUUACUCAUAGACAGUUUCCCCUGCAUUUCAUCGUUGUUACACAUAUUUUAACAACUAAUGCAAUUAGAUCUCAUGGAACAUAGCGAAAAAUAAUAGUUCACGGUUAUCUAUCAAUUUAUAUAUUCAGAAGCAACUACCGAUGCUCCCCCCAUUUCAGAGCGGUCACGCAAACCAGCGAGCUUGUAAUGAAUCAUUAGUACGCAGGAAAAUGGAUGAUGUCAUGCAGCCGCGAAGCCCGACGUGGAGGAGGCGGGGGCGGGUGGAAUGGAAUUAAAAAAAAAAAAAAAAAACAACUGCCAAAAGUUCUUCCUCCUUUGCAUCAUUUCCAAGCUGGCAUGUCUGGACUGUUUUUUAAAAAAAGUAUUUGUGACGCCUUAAAAGUGCGGCGCUGUGUUUGCAAUGAAGUUGUGAAGCUGUCUCGUUUCUCCUCAGGACUGCCUGAGCCGCUUAACUACCCUCUCAGUCCUCGUAUUGUUGUCUUUGACGCCCUCCUCGCUGAUUUGGAGAACACCGGCUCCCCUCUCGCCCGUCGCCCGGUCCUCCUGACGUCGGACCCGCCGACGCACGACGACCCGGCCGAGCGGGACCCCGCCGAGGCCCGGCCCCCGCCGCCCGCCUACACCCCGCAGCAGACAGUUUCCGCCGCCAUGAAGUCCUCGCAAAACUCCAACCCAGACAAACUAUACAGCACGGUGUGUAAAUCCCGUUCACCCCGCUCAGCUGAUCCUACUCCUCCUCCUCCUCCUGCUCCAGCCUUCUCCUCCUCAUCCCUACUAGGAGGAGGUCUCAGUGAACUGGACCAUCUGCUGCAGGAGCUGAACGCCACGCAGUUCAACAUCACAGAUGAGAUCCUGGCCCAGUUUCCCACUUCUAAAGAUGACAAAGGAAAAGAUAAGGACUACGCCAUUUCCAACGCCGCAAAACCUUCAGCGACAUCCGCCACGUUGGAGUUGGACAAACUGAUGGCGUCUCUCUCCGACUUCCGCGUCCAAAGCACACCGGCUGUUCCUGUCAGUCCAGUGAUGACCACGACAACACCGCCGCAGCAGCCACAGCAGCAGCAGCAGGCGGUCUCUCCACAAGCUUCAUCGGGCGGCUCGUUGGACAGCAUGCUGGGCCUCCUCCAAUCUGACUUGACCCGGCAAGGGGUCCAAACAUCCUCCAAAGGAAACUGUUCAGCCUGUCAGAAGCCGGUCGUGGGACAGGUGGUGACGGCUCUGGGCAAGGUGUGGCACCCCGAGCACUUUGUGUGCACGCAAUGCGAAACGGAGCUGGGCAGCCGCAACUUCUUCGAGAAGGACGGCCGGCCGUACUGCGAGUCCGACUACUUCACGCUCUUCUCCCCUCACUGCGCGCACUGCAACAAGCCCAUACUAAAUAAAAUGGUGACUGCCUUGGACAAGAACUGGCACCCCGAAUGUUUCUGCUGCGUCAAGUGCGGCCGCGCGUUUGGCGAGGAAGGCUUCCACGACCGCGAGGGCCAGCAGUACUGCCAGCAGUGCUUCCUGACUUUGUUCGCCUCUCGCUGUCAAGGCUGCAGCCAGCCCAUCCUGGAAAACUACAUCUCGGCCCUCAACUCGCUGUGGCACCCGCAGUGCUUCGUGUGCAGGGAGUGUUACAGCCCCUUCGUCAACGGCAGCUUCUUCGAGCACGAGGGCAAGCCGCUGUGCGAGGCCCACUACCAUCAGUCGCGGGGCAGCGUGUGCCAGGCGUGCCAGCAGCCCAUCCUGGGCCGCUGCGUCACCGCCAUGGGGGCCAAGUUCCACCCCCACCACCUGGUGUGCCACUUCUGCCUGAAGCCGCUGAGCAAAGGCUGCUUCAAGGAGCAGGAGAACAAGCCCUACUGCCACCCGUGCUUCGUCAAGCUCUUCGGCUGAGGAUCCGGAUGACCUCCUCCUCUUCCUUCCUUUUUGUUUUAUUUUUCUAUUUUAAUUUUAUUUUAAUACUUUGGCAACGAGGGUGGAGCAGUUUAUUUUUUUUUUUUGAAGAGUGCAGUGAACCCCUGCUAAUCACGGGGUGAUGGGACCAAGCCCAAAGUGAAAAUCUCCAUUGACGAACAGCCCUCCCGAAAAAUUGCAGUUCCCUAUAUGUGCCACAUGAUGGCAGCAAAGCACUUUUUCCUCUAUUAGACAAGGCUAUGGCGUUACUAAGUAAAGGGUCUAACCUCACAUCAACAUGUUUCCUAGGCUUAAAAUGGCACCAGAUCAACACUUUAAUAUUAAACAUAGCUUGGUCUUAGCCCAAGAAUAACAAAUGGGGAAAUUUUCUGCGGAUUACACAGGAUCGGUUCUAAAAAUGAGCAAAUUUGCCAGUGCCGUGAAUAUGUCGGGGAUCACUUGACAGUGUUCCCCCGCUGUUCACGUGGGAUAGAUCACGAGCCCUGCCGCAAAUGGCGGAAAGUCACAAUUUAACGACAUCCCCCCCAAAAAGGGCUAUAUCGUUUCCCAAAAACGCCACAAGGUGGCGACAAAACGCAAAGCUCCGGAAUUCAUGUCGACAACCUCGUUUCUUGCCAUGAAGUGGACAAAAGGUGACGCCAAAGCAAUACUUUUAUAUUUGAUAGUGCUUUGACUCGACCGCCCCCCCAAAAAAAUCAGAGAAUAUGCAGGUAUCAGUACAUGGGGUGGGCAAAGUAUGGCUCGGGGGCUCGCCUUUCUGUAAGCAUUUACCAAAAGCCCAAUAAUAAUUUUUGCAUUAAUUUAGUUAUUUUCCCCUUCUUUUGGUUAGCUUAAAUGUAUUUCUUUCUUGUUUCUUAUUCAUUGAUAUUGUUAAAUAAUAAUCUAAUUUAUUGGUCAGUAUUUUAAAAGUGGUAUGUACAUAAUUUUAAAAAAAUCUAUUUUACACAUAAAUUUACAAACACAAAAAAAUUUAAAACAAGAAAGAAUCCCUGUUUUUUUCCCAAGUCCAUUUUUAAUUUUCUCCCAGCUUAUCUGCAAAUGAUGUGUGACCCAUCUCUUCAUUUUAAAAAUCAUACGUGGCCACAGAGCACAGUUAUUUGCCCACCCCUAUCUUUGAUUAUCUUAAAAAAAAUGUAUUUUUUUCUUUUUACAUGCUUGUGUUUUUUUUCACAUAACGCGCUGAUUCAAAUGCCUUUUUCUACCAAAGAUAGAAAACAAUAAAUAUAUUGAAGGAUUGUUUUAGGUUGCAGACCGAAUAUGUUACUGCACAUAUUUUUUUUUUAUUUUUUUUUUUACAUUGACCGCUACCGCUGCAUAUGUUGAGUAGGACCAAUGAAGCUGUCACACGCUAAGUAUCGGUUUACAUUAUUGUUUCACAAAUACUGUAUGCACUUUGCCAAACAUUCUUCCAAAGAAUAAAAAAAAAAACACCCAUUUUAACAAUGUUUCAUUUGUGCUUUUCAUUUUUUUUUUCGCUUUAUGAGAUUUUUCUAUGCAAUAUUUAAUGAGAAGAAAGAGAAAAUAUUAGCUACACUUGCACCAUGCAAUGUGAUCCAGGAUGUUGAAAUAUUUUCCUGCCUUUACAAAGAUAAUAAAGUUCUCUUGUGAUUGCCAGUGUCAUAAAAGUGUCACAUUUGAAUAUGUCAAGUAUUGCAGUUGUAUUUUGCAAAGAAUGCAUCAGGUGUGUAUCACAAAUUUUGUCCAUAUGUGUACAAGUACAAAAAUCUCAGUAUGAUAAUUUAGCCCCACUGGGAGCUGCAGUCCUCGUAAUAAACAUUGCCUACUUUCUAAUAAAAUACCAUCAAUCAUCUUUGACUUUGU